AUGGCGAGUUUACUGAAUGCAUACUCUAGAUUCCUUUCUAAAAGACCUGUAGUGGGUGGUAUGGCUUCUUCAGCUGUUCUCUUCGCUACUGGAGAUGUCGUCGCUCAACAGUUGAUAGAGAAGAAAGGCAAAGAUCAUGAUUUCGUUCGAACUGGCCGAAUCGUUGUUUGGGGAGGAGGGAUCUUCGCACCAGUAGUAACAGUCUGGUUCCGUACACUCGAGAGAGUUCCUAUCAAAUCAAAAUGGCCUGCUACUUUCGCUAGAGUAGGAUUAGAUCAAUUCGUUUUCGCUCCUAUCAUCCUGACUGGCUUCUUCCACGCUAUGACCCUCAUGGAAGGUAAAUCUCUGGCGGACGCAAGAGCGAAAUGGAGAGAGGCUUUCGUGCCCACCUUGAAGGCGAAUUGGAUGUUAUUCAUCCCUUUCCAAACACUUAACAUGUUCAUUCCUCUUCAAUACAGACUGUUAGCAGUUAACGGUGUCAAUAUCCCUUGGAACGCCUUCUUGUCUUUACAAAACGCUAAACCUAAACAAGUUGCAAAAGCUGAGGAAGACCUGAAGAAGGAUUAG